CAUUUCGUUGACGAGGAUAUUUCUGGCGCUGAGUGUACUGCACAAUCUCUUUUGGAUAUUUCCCUCGGAAUUCUUCAGAGACUGCCUCAUCUGGAGGCAAUGGACCCUUAUCAUUCACGUCUCAAUGUCAUGUCAAGACUUUAUGUGUUGGUGAUUCAAACGAGCAAAAUAGCCGACGAGACCUACCUGCAGACUGUCACACGCCCUUUCUUCAGGGUUAUGGAACCAACAGCUGUGGCAGAAUGCAUCCGUACUCUUUCCCGCCUCCGGGGUAAAGGCUCGGCAAUUACGCUUUUGCUCUUCGCCCUUGAAAACGAACGUCGCUGCGUUGAUGAAUGUGGCCUCCUCCAAGACCUUACAGCACUAUACCACGACUCGAUCGUUCGAUAUGGCAUACUUUCCGACGAGACCAGAUUAGAAGAAGUCAUUCGACCUCUCAUCAAUCGUAUGCCACUGGAACUCGCUGCCGAAUGUCUGUUAAGAAUUAUUGCUGAUUGCGCCCAAUGUUCGGUUGAGGUCCUUCGCGGCCGCAGCGGCAUGCCCGCUGAGUUCCAACCAAAUGACCAGUUGCUGAAUAUUGCUCUUGAUAUCCUCGUAAAGUUCCGUCAUCGCCUCUCGGAUACUCAACUUCGGCACCGAUUAUGUCUUGUUAACUUGGUAUGUCAGCUAUACCCUCGACUGGUUGCUCCUUCGCAUAGUCUCAUCCAGAAUAUGUGGGCCUCCUUCAUGAUAUGCAGUGGUCAAGAGGGCAUCAAUCAGGGACUCAACUUCCUCUUUACUUUACAGUUAACAGCCGGAACGAGUCUUGCUGCGAUCCAAUACGUCAUCGCAUUCGCGAAACAUACGAUGCACCAAAGUCCUACUAGGUCCUACUCUAUUCAUCAAAUCAUUUACGAUUGCAUGCACUAUGGCAUGCUUGAUUGGUAAAAAUGGAACCAACUCUGAUCGCCAAGCGUACUACCAGAAAUACCGCCUGCCACUGCAAACGGUAGAGGAUAGCUCUCAUCGCCCGGGACUAUCAUUUGGGGUAGAGCACGCUCGCACUCUCAAGCGCUUUUGCGAUGGUAUAAGAGGGCUUGGCGCGAUGGAUAGCGAUAUGAUAACUAGCGAAGUUGUGGAAAAUGUGGUGGCAUGCAUCAGGGGCGAGAGAAAGGUUAAUGAUCAAGUCAACAGAAGCCUCUGCUUAUUGCAGGAGACAUUCGGCCUUGGAAAGUAAUUACUUGUAUGUGAUCAAUGUAAAACCAUCCAAGAGACUUGAUUAUCAGAUUCAUAAAG